GAAACAUGUCUCCUUCAUGGACUACACUUUUUGUCUCUCUAUUUCUUUUCUCCCAAAUAUUUUCUUGCAUUGCCCAAGUUCCAGCUGAAAACACCUUCAAAUUCGUCAACGAAGGCGAAUUAGGACCUUAUAUUGUCGAAUACAGCGCUGAUUAUCGCGUUCUUCGUAUCGCCACUACUCCGUUUCAGCUCUGUUUCUACAACACAACACCUAAUGCAUGGACACUAGCGUUGCGAAUGGGCACCGUCCGUUCUGAAUCACUCAUGCGUUGGGUGUGGGAAGCUAACAGGGGAAACCCCGUUAAAGAAAACGCCACUUUCACUUUUGGGACAGAUGGAAAUCUCGUAUUGGCUGAUGCCGACGGUCGAAUUGCAUGGCAAACAAACACGGCCAAUAAGGGCGUGACAGGGUUCAAGUUGUUGCCUAACGGUAACAUGGUGCUACAUGACUCCAAGGGAAAAUUCCUCUGGCAGAGUUUCAACUAUCCCACGGAUACUUUACUAGUGGGCCAAACACUACGUUUGUCCGGCCCAAAUAAGCUCGUGAGCCGGGCUUCGGUGAAAAACAAUGCGAACGGGCCUUAUAGCUUGGUGGUGCAGCCAAGAUUGUUUGGUGUCUACAAGGGGACUAAGCUAGAUGUCGAAUUAGCUUGGUUCAAUUAUGGUAAUAGCACUUUGGAAUCAGUAAAAUUGAAUGCUGGGAAUCAAAGGCUGAAAUUGGAUUAUAGAUUGGCAAAAUCAACAAAGAGAAGUUCACAUGUUAUGGCUUUUGUCAAUUACAACACAACAUUGACAUAUCUUAGACUAGAAAUUGAUGGAAAUCUCAAGGCCUACACUUUUGUUCGAGAUGAAGAAGCAGAUGAAUUCCGUUGGAAGGUAACUUACAGCAGGAUUUAAAAAAUGUUUUUCGUUAAAAGUCUGUGUACACACUAUUAUCUCAGACUCCGACGUUACACGAACAUGUUAUUGUUGUAAGGAUUAGUGUCCAGUAUAAUAAGUGGAUAAAGCGAGUGGGUCCACAGCUAGUCCAAUAAAUUAGUUGUAAUUCCUAUUUUAUCUUCUGUUUCUAAAGUUGUAUUUUGGUUGAAUUAAGAAUGUAUUUUAUUUUGAUAUUACUAGUAUUAUUUUUGGAUUGAA